UGGUGGGCUCCAGCAGGGGGCGGGCUGGUCUCCCACAGCCCCCGUCACUGCGUCUCGGUAGUCGGAAGUACGGCGUCUCUGCUCCAGGGCCGGGCGGCUUCGGACAUAAAUGGACUGACGUGUGGGGACAACAUGGAGACCUGCAGCCAUGCCUCAGCCCAGGAUGCUGCUGGUGGUGACCGGAGAUGACUUCGGCUACUGUCCCCGGAGGACGCGCGGCAUCGUGGACGGCUUCCUGUCCGGAGGCGUGUCCAACGUGUCCCUGCUGGUGAACGGCUCGGCGGCCGAGGAGGCGGCGCGGCUGGCCAAGAGACACAGGAUCCCCAUCGGGCUGCACGCCAACCUGACGGAGGGCCGUCCGGUCUGCCCCCUCCCCCAGCACACCUCCACCCUCACCACCCCCCACGGCUUCUUCCACGGAAAGAUGGGCUUCAGGCAGGCGCUGCAGCGGGGCCAGCUCAGCAUGGAGCAGGUGGAGGCGGAGCUGAGAGCCCAGGUCCGGCUCUUUGUGGACCUGAUGGGUCACCUGCCUGAACACAUGGACGGACACCAGCACGUGCACGUCCUGCCAGAGGUGCGUGACGUGUUUGCUCAGGUUCUGUCAGAGCUCAGGAUUCCCUACACCCGGGUCCCGGUGGAACCCGGUCUACACUCUUGUACCUGGCUUCCUGCCCACCUACACCGCUUCUACGACCAGGUGGAGAAGGAUGCAGUGAACUCCAUCCCCGUCUUCAGACGCCACGGAAUCAGGUGGCCGGACGUCUACCUGGGCCUGACCACCAUGGGGCUCAACAUGUCGGUGUCCAGCCUGCAGAGGGCGCUGGGCCACGCCCUGGAGGCGGGGCCGGCAGGCCCCGGCCCCAGCCCCGGCGGGCCGCCAGUCACGGCCGAGCUCAUGGUGCACCCGGGAUACCCCAGUCAGCCGCUGGAGGGGGGCUGUGGCGAGGGUCCCGACGAGUUCUCCCAGUCCGCCGAGCGCCAGCACGAGCUGAGCGUGCUCACCGCGCCCGCCGUGCUGGAGCUGUACGGCCAGCAGGGGGUGCAGCUGUGCGCCUUCAGAGACCUCUGAGAGCCAGCGCGCAUGCACGAACACACACACACACACACACACACACACACCCCAGGCUGGCAGUUGAAGGGUCACACAGUUAAACCAUGAGAUGAAAGAGAAAAUCUUCUCAAUCCUUCUGCUGACUUGAGCUCCUGAUCCGGUCUGGAACCACCCCGACGUGAGGCUGACUGGACCGGCUCCCACCGACGCUCUGACACUGAGAUCCAGCUCAGAGGCAAACUAAAGAUGCUUUUUCUGCCAAAUGGAACCUUUUUCAUGUUUCACAGUUUUAAAGUUACAAUAGGUCAGAAAUGUAAUAGAACAACACAAAUCAUUCCCACUUCUCACCCGUCAUUGAAGAAACACUCCCCUUCAACAACCUGUGGUCUUCAUCAGUGAACGUCUGGGUUUCGUGUUUUUCUGGAGAGUUCUGCUGGAAUAACUUGGGCCACACUCCUGAACUCUCUCAACUCACUUCGACGUCGUGUGACGGAACAUGACUGAACCUGAAACGGUUGAUUGAAUGGAUGGUUUCACUGUGAAAAUGAAUCUUUUCCUUCUUCUGAAAGUGUUUUCAUCCUGUGUUCCAGGUUUUCAUCGACCUCUGACCUUCCCGUGUGGCUUCAAAUGAAGCAUCUGUCAUGUUUUUAAAUGAGGAAGGAAAAACAACCAGAAUGUCUGAAAUGGGAGUGAAGUUUUUUUUAAAAAAAAAAAAGAAGAAAAACGGGUUAAACUAAUUAAACAGU